AUGGCAAGCCAUAAAAUUGUUUUCGGUGUCUUGUGUCUGGCCGCUUUGAGCGCCGCCCUUCCCGCCGAGGAGACCCGCGGCCAUGCCCGCAACGCCAUCGGCGGCGAGAACGACAUUAUGGAUAGCAUCUACAGCGACUGUCUGCGCAAGGACUCCGUCUCGUGUGUCAAGUACAAGCUGUUCAGCUUCGUGGACAAGGUGCUCGGCGCCCGCGACCAGUUCGCCCUGACCGAGGGCGUCACUGUGGUCCGCUCACCGGAUGCUCCGCAGCAGGAGGCCGCCCGUUCCAUUUCCGGUGAUGAGUCUUUCGAAUCCCUGGCCCUGAACCGCAUCAGCAGCUUCCUCAACUCGCACACCAUCAAGGUGGAGCUGAAGGGUGCCGAUAUUGUGCAAGCGGUUAGCUCCACCGGUCGUGCUCUCGAGGAUGCCUCCGAGUCGCUGUUCGGUUCCAAUGAUCCCAAUGCUCCCGAGGAGAGCCGUGGCAAGAAGAAGAAGGCCGCCAAGAUCCUGGGACCCAUCCUCGCCCUGGUCGCCCUGAAGGCCGCCGCCCUGCUGCCCCUGCUGUUGGGCGCCAUCGCUCUGAUUGCCGGCAAGGCUCUGCUCAUUGGUAAGAUCGCCCUGGUGCUGUCCGCCGUGAUUGGCCUGAAGAAGCUGCUGUCGCAGGAGAAGCAUGUGACCUACGAGGUGGUGGCCCAUCCCCAUCACAGCAGCAGCCACUCGACGAGCCACGACUCGUAUGGCAGCGGUUACAGCGCCGAUGCCGGUGCCUCAUCCGGAUCGUACGGCAGCAGCGGUCAUGGAGGCUGGGGACGCUCCAUCGAUGCCCAGGAUCUGGCCUACGGUGCCCAGAAGCCCGUCCAGGCUUAA